UUCAAUUCAAGUAAAUUCUUUGAGAAAAAUUUGUUUACUAAUCUUGACCCAAGGAAAAUAGAAAUUAAUGUGCGUCUUAAUAUAGAGAGCUCCAAAAAAAGCAUGAUCGAUAAACUCUCUUUCUGUUUUCAUGCAUGCACCGUUGUUUCCAUGAGGAAAUUAGCUGCAGAAUUCAAACGCGACUGAAUUUAUCAAGAAGCUCUCCAUAAUCCGAGAGAGUUUGGAAGAGAUGGUGCAGGAGAAGAUUCGACAUAGCUGGGAGGCGAAGAAGGGAUCAAUGAGCCGAAUUACGGAGAUAGAGAGCGAGAUCGAAAAGGCGUCGAGAGAUGAUCGGAGCUGCCACAGCGUCUCCAGCGACAUCCUCCCCGCCCUCGGCGUCCACUCCCCUCGAAAGCCCAAGCUCCGCUCCUUUAUCAUCUCCUCCCUCGACCCACGCUAUAGAGUAUGGGUGAACUUUCUGAUCAUACUAGUUUUCUACACAGCGUGGGUCUCCCCUUUUGAAUUCGGUUUCAAUAUAGGGUAUCAUGGGCCUUUGGCCAUCACAGACAACGUUGUCAAUGGAUUCUUCGCCAUUGACAUAGUUCUAACGUUCUUCGUGGCCUACCUCGACAAGACAACGUACCUCCUAGUCGAUAAUCAUAAGCUGAUUGCAUUGCGAUAUGCUCAAACAUGGCUCAUCUUUGAUGUGAUCUCCACAAUUCCCAGGCAGCUUGCUCAGAAAGUCUUGCCUGAUUCGUAUGACUAUGUUAGUAUACUUCGCCUCUGGCGUCUCAGACGAGCCAGUGCUAUGUUUCAGAGAUUGGAGAAAGACAGGAACUAUAACUAUUACUUUGUUCGAAUUGCAAAGCUUACAUGUGUAGUUCUUUUUGAGAUUCAUUGUGCUGGUUGCUUCUUCUAUCUCCUUGCUGAUAGAUAUCCUGAUCCAACGAAGACGUGGAUUGGAUCCGUGAGAGAAAAUUUCAAACAAGAGCCUUUGUUUGAGCGAUAUGUAAUAUCGAUGUACUGGUCGAUCAUCACUGCCACAACUGUUGGCUAUGGUGAUUAUCAUCCUGUGAACAAAGAUGAGAUGAUCUUCACCAUUUUCUAUGUGUUUCUCAAUCUUGGAUUGAACUCAUACAUCAUAGGAAACAUGACCAACUUGAUUGUUCAAGCAACAUUCAGAACUAGGAAGUUUAGAGAGACGGUUGGGGCGGCCUCAAGCUUUGCGAAGAGGAACGGACUGCCUAAACGCUUGCAGGAUCAGAUGAUAGCUCACUUGAGUUUGAGGUAUAGAACUGAUUCAGAAGGACUGCAGCAGCAAGAAACUCUUGAUGCUCUUCCGAAGGCGAUUCGCUCAAGCAUUUUGCAUUUUCUAUUUUACUCCCUUGUUGAUAAGGUGUAUUUGUUUAAAGGGGUGUCGAAUGAUCUGCUCUUUCAGCUGGUCUCUGAGAUGAAGGCUGAGUAUUUUCCUCCUAGAGAAGAUAUAAUAUUGCACAAUGAAGCACCUACAGAUUUGUACAUUUUGGUUACUGGUGCAGUGGAGCUUAUCACCCACAAAAAUGGAGCGGAAGUGGUGUUUGAAGAGCUCAAGAGAGGAGGUGUUUGUGGUGAAGUAGGCGUUCUCUGCUACAGGCCUCAAGUUUGCACUGUUCGUACAAAACGGUUGAGCCAGCUUCUCCGCUUGAGUCGUUCUUCACUUCUCAAUAUGCUUCAAGCUAACAUAGGAGAUGGGACUAUAAUCAUGAACAAUCUUGUUCAGCAUCUGAAAGAACAAGAUGAUCCGGUGAUGCAAGAGAUCUUGGCUGACACAGAGCACAUGCUAACUCAAGGUAGAGUGGAUAUGCCUCUCACCUUAUGCUUCGCAGCAGCAAGGAAAGAUGACCUACUGCUGCAGCGUAUGCUCAAACGAGGCUUGGAUCCGAAUGAACUUGACAGAGACGGGCGCAAUGCUUUGCAUCUUGCAGCAUCAAAUGGAAGCAUAGAAUGCGUGUUGCUUCUUUUAGAUCAUGGAGCAGAUCCUAACAUAAGAGAUUCUGAAGGAAAAGUACCUCUGUGGGAUGCAAUUUUGGGGAGGCAUGAGGUUGUGAUCAAAGCACUCGUUGACAAUGGGGCUACAUUAGCCUCCGGUGAUGUAGGCGAGUUUGCUUGCUAUGCAGCGGAGCAAGACAACAUAGAGCUACUGAAAGAAAUCACCAAAUUUGGAGGGGAUGUGACGUCCCUCAGCAGUAGUGGCACCACAGCUCUGCACACUGCUGUGUCCCAGGAUAAGCUUGAAGUCGUCAAGUUUCUGAUCGAGCAGGGGGCGAACAUAGACAAGCCAGACUCCCAUGGAUGGACAUCACGCGCCUUAGCUCAUCACCAAGGCCACAAAGAGAUGAUGGCCUUGUUUCAGACAAUCCAACACCUCAAGAAAACCAUGUCUCUACCUCCUCUUCACCCAGCGGAACCACCUUACCUUAAGAAACAUUCCAGUGAAUCCUCAUUGCCUCGUCUCAAAGAAGAGGAGCAGAGCUCACCUUCGAAUGUAUCCUCGCACCUAAAAUACAGCAUCAAUGACUUUCAGAAGUCUCUUGCAGGGAUCAUAACAAGUCAGGGUAGGCCUAGUGAUGGAGGAAUGAUCCUUUCAACUCCUGCGCCUCCUGCUACGCCUCGCAAACCCAUCAGAGUGUUUGUAAAGCGUGCAAGGAGUGGAGACGACGUGGAAGGUAGCGUCAUGAUUAUGCCAGGAUCUCUCCAAGAGCUCAUGGAAUGGGGCUAUCAGAAGUUUGGCUUCUAUCCUACAAGAAUUCUUACAGAAGAUGGAGCUGUGAUUGAAGAUUUGGCAGUAAUAAGAGAUGGUGAUCAUCUCUUUUUGUCUAGUUAAGCUAGAUUUUCAUGAAAUAGAAUAGCAAUAUUUUUGUAGCAGAAACGGCAGAAUAAUUUUGAGCAAUCAUCACAAAACAUACUACUAAUUGUUCUCUUCAUUUUUGGCCUCGAGAAAUCUAUUUUGUUCUCAUGAGAUAAGCUUUUUUGAUUA